AUGACUCUGGGGAAUCUUGCGGCCAUCUUGGUAUUCUGCUUCUACCCAUGCAUGCCGCCACGAUUGCUCCCGGACUCGUACGGAUUCUACGACACCGUCCGACAAGGCAACGCGGAAAGCAUCUGGGUCGGUGGAAAGUCCGUGAAUCAAUUUGCAGCCAUGCCGAGUCUUCACUUCACCUAUGCCUUUGUGAUCGGCUGCACCUUUCUGCACUACUCUGGAGUACUGCAGAGACUCCGGGGACAGUCAACGCAGACGUCAUCUCUGACCCAAUUUGGCUUUUUGGCACUCGCUAUCUGCUAUCCAAUCUUGGUCCUCAGCGUCAUUGUCGCCACCGCCAAUCACUACUGGCUCGAUGCUGUGGUGGCCAUCUUUACGGUGACCCUGUCCUUCUACUGCAAUAGGAUUCUUAUCUUGUUACUUCCGCUCGAGUAUGCGUUUUGUUGGUGCUUGCGACUCGCAAAGCCUGUGCCUACCACGGGUGAUCGGGCCUGCAGGAAACGAGCUUUGCAGGUACCUCGAUAG